AUGAACACUCACAUUCUCCGGCAUUCCCUGCGAAGAAAUCAGAACAAUGUGAUGCAGCAUAUGACUCAACUGGAGCACAUUAAAUUGCUGCUUCAUCGGGAUAUCGCCCGACAACGUGCAAUUUCACAAAGGCAGGGAGUAACUAACGAUCAGAAUGCAUCGGGGAAAUUGCCAUUGCGUUCAGGUGCAGAUUAUGGGAUCGGAGAAUACUUUGUGACGUUUAAGGUUGGAACGCUAGCUCAGAGAUUCGUGCUGAUUGCUGACACUGGAAGUGACCUGACUUGGAUGAAGUGUCGGUAUAAAUGUCAAGGUGCCAUGUGUAACCAGACGUCGUCAGGUCGAAGGAAUUUUCGUCCGGAUUGGUCGAGUUCUUUCAGGACUAUUCCUUGUUCCUCAAGAAUGUGCAAGAUUGAACUUGCAAAUCUCCUCUCUUGCUCACUGCCCUUCUCCAUUGUCUCAUUGUACUCAGAUGGAUCAGAAGCACUCGGACUAUUUGCUAAUGAAACAGUAACGAUUCGACUCACUAAUGGAAGAACGGAAAGACUAAACAAUGUUCUGGUUGGAUGCACCAAGUCGUCCCAUGGCACUUUCGAGACAUCUGAUGGUGUUAUAGGACUUGGUUACAGCAAUUACUCCUUUACACACAAAGCAGUCGAGAAAUUUGGGGGCAAAUUCUCUUACUGUCUGGUUGAUCACUUAAGCCAAAAAAAUGUAUCGAGUUAUCUUGUCUUUGGCAACAACAAACAAGCUGCAGUGACUCCACCAGAUAAAAUGCAAUAUACAGAGCUUGUCCUGGGGAAGAUCAAUUCAUUCUACGCUGUAAACAUCAGGGGCAUCUCCAUUGGUGGUACAAUGUUGCAAAUCCCAUCUCAAGUAUGGAACGUGAACGGCCAAGGUGGUGUAAUCCUCGACUCUGGGACAAGCCUAACAUUCUUGACUCAACCCGCAUAUCAACCUGUAAUGUCUGCCCUGGAGCAUUCUCUGUCAAAUUUCUCAAAAUCAAAACUGGACAUUGAACCUAUGGAUUACUGUUUUAAUUCAACAGGAUUUAAUAAGUCUAUGGUGCCAAAACUAGAGUUUCAUUUUGCAGAUGGAGCAACAUUUGAAGCACCAGCUAAAAGCACUGUACUUGAUGCUGCUGAGGGAGUGAAAUGCCUAGGGUUUGUGUCUGCAACUGCAAGUUGGCCUGGAACCUCUAUUAUUGGCAACAUUAUGCAACAAAAUCAUAUUUGGGAAUUUGACCUUAUUAAUAAGAGAUUGGGUUUUGCAAGGUCUUCUUGCACCUAA